GGGUUAGAGGCAAAUUUAUGUCUGGAUUUCUUCCACCACUGAAAUAAGAGCUACUCUAAUGUAUAUCUAUGGCAAUGUUUUUUUCUGGAAAUAAAUAAUAAUAAUAAUAAUAAUAAUAGUAAUAAUUCAGUUAAUACUGAUUAUGUUAACAAGAUAUUAUAUUAUAUGUUAUCGCAGGAGUAUGCGGCAACUACGAUGAGUGAACUAUUGGGGUGGUAUGGCUAUGACAAAGUGGAUAGUGGUUGUACAAGGAGUUUAAACUUGGAUCAUUUCACAUCCACGUCUGACGUGAGAAGUAGUAAAAUACUUAAAAUGGAUCAAAAUUUUAUUUCAAACAAGCAAGCAUCGAAGUCUCCGAUAUCGUUAAACGAAAAUAAUUCGUCUUUCGAUACGUCCAAUUCGCCGUUGCCAUAUUCUGUAAACAGUACAAGUAUCAUAAAUAGACAAUCAACAUCACCUCCAUUACCGAUGAGUAAAAUAUCGCCUGAUUCUACAUCGAGAUUUCCUUAUGAAAAUUACCCAAAUUCUAUUUGUUCAGAUAGUAUAUUUUGUUCCUGGUGUGGUCGAGUUACUAAAACAUGUAAAUCGGAUAGAGGCAACCAUCUUUCCUAUAAAAUGAUACAUACUAUGGGACAUUUUUGUAGCGAAGCUUGUUUUGCAGCUGGUAGAAGAGCAGAUUGGUGUAGGCACAUAAGAAAUCCAGUUAGUUAUGUUGAUUUUCAGGUAUAUGGAUAUGCAUGUUUAUUUAUUCCUCUUAUGGUUAUAAUUGUAUAGUCCCUCUCUUCCUACAAUUUCUUUCCCUUCU